AUGAAGUUUUCCAUAUUGACCAUCGUUCCUCUCGCCGCUCUCGCCGCUGCAUUCCCCAGUCCCCAAAAUGCCGACCGCCCUGUCGCAACAGGGUCUUGUUGUGUGGCAAACACGAGCUUGAAGCAGGACGUGUGCAAUGUCAAUGGCCAGAGUGGGCGCUGCGUGCCCUCUGCAGCCAACAACUGCGGCGGACAGUUGACUUGUAUCGAGGACAAUCGCUUGCAAUGCGAUGCGAAUACCCUGAAGCGUGGCAGGCCCCUUUGCAGACUGGCUAGCGAGUUUGGGAAGAUCAAUUAG